CUGCCCAAAAAAAGAGAACCAGAGAGCAUUCUUCAAAAAAAAAAAAAAACAGAGCACUACGGAGCACUUGAAACGGGCCAGCAAGAGAGCAAAAUAGAGGUGACCGGGCUGGAGCUCCUCGUCGGUGCUGAUGGCGGAAACGUCGUCGGAGUUGCAGAUGAGAACUGUGGGGUCCUGAAGGAGAUUGGAGGCUUUGAUGGGGAAGGGAAAAUGUUGUAGCUCCCAUCUUCAAGAAUCAACUUCGCCAUGGGAGGUGACUCAGUUUGGUGUAGUGAGUUGAACUCCUUUCUGGUAGCGAUUCCAGCAAUGAAGGGAAGAGGAGAAGCGAUCUAAUUGUGUAGUUUAGCAACAUCCGAAUCUGAUAGGGCACGGGUCUGCAAAUCUGAAGAAAGUCGGUCAUUUGUAAUAAUCAAACGACACCGUUUGGGAUCAGGAGCACCAUGCUCACCGUGGGAUGAUCCCACGGUAUAAUUUGCGGUAUUUAAUGGAUUUAGCAACAACGGGACCCAUAGUGACGACCCCACUCCCACUUUCCGUAUGAAUCACUUUGCCCGGAUUUCGGCGGUAAAGCCGUGGUCACGCAUUAUACGACAAAGACCUGAUAUGUAAAGAAGUCCUGAAGCAACUAUAACACCACUCUCCAGGUAUUCUACAACAGUUCUGACGCCCUUCAUCUCUCCCCACCUUUUUUUUUAUAUCUGCAGGAUUCACAAAAUUCUUGUGCUUUUUUGCCUCAAGAUUCUUUCUUUUUGUAUAUCACGGAGUAUAUUAUACGGGAAAGGAAAAGAAGUGAACCCAUGGCCACGGAAGGGGGUUCUCCAGCAAGACUCGAGGGGAAGUUUACUGCAAUGCUAGUGUGUUGGCUUCUGGGAAACGGGUGCCUCUUUUCGUGGAACAGUAUGCUAACAAUAGGGGAUUAUUAUGCCUACUUGUUUCCGAACUACCACCCUUCAAGGGUCCUCACCCUUUGCUAUCAACCAUUUGCGCUUGGGACAAUUGGAAUACUCGCAUACAAGGAGGCAAAAAUAAAUACAAGAAAACGCAAUCUCUUUGGAUAUUCUCUUUUUUUCAUUAGUACUCUUCUAGUUCUUGUUUUGGAUUUGGCCACAUCCGGUAAGGGAGGGAUUGGAACGUACAUCGGAAUAUGCGCAAUCAGUGGUGCUUUUGGUGUUGCAGACGCUCAUGUCCAGGGUGGAAUGGUUGGAGAUCUUUCAUUCAUGUUACCGGAGUUUGUUCAGUCUUUUUUUGCUGGUUCGGCGGCUUCAGGCGCUUUAACAUCUGGGUUGAGGUUAAUUACCAGAGCAAUAUUUGACAAUUCUAAAGAUGGUCUUCGUAAAGGAGCCAUUUUGUUUUUCACAAUAUGUACAAUCUUCGAGUUCCUCUGCAUCCUUCUCUAUGCACUUGUCUUCCCAAAGAUACCGAUUGUAAAAUAUUAUCGCAACAAAGCAUCUUCAGAGGGUGCAAAGACUGUUGCUUCCGAUCUUGCUGCUGGUGGCAUUAUAACAGAGGCACAGAACAAUCAUACCUCACAGAUGGAUAGACUAAGCAACAAAGAUUUGUUAAUGCAGAAUAUAGAUUAUGCAAUAGAGAUCUUCAUGAUAUAUGCAUUGACAUUAUCCAUUUUUCCUGGAUUUUUAUCAGAGGAUACCGGGGCCCACAGCCUGGGUUCAUGGUAUGCACUUGUGUUGAUAGCUAUGUACAAUGUGUGGGAUCUCAUCGGGAGAUAUGUGCCGCUAUUAAAAUUCAUAAAGCUCGAAUCAAGGAAGGGGCUUAUGGUGGCGAUCCUCUCACGCUACUUACUCAUCCCGGCGUUCUACUUUACGGCCAAAUAUGGUGAUCAGGGAUGGAUGAUUCUUUUGACCUCCUUCUUGGGGCUGACCAAUGGGUACCUAACUGUCUGCGUCUUUACUUCUGCUCCCAAAGGCUACAAGGGUCCCGAGCAAAACGCGUUGGGGAAUAUACUAGUGUCAUUUCUUCUAGGAGGUAUAUUUGCCGGUGUUACACUUGACUGGUUGUGGCUCAUUGGUAAAGGUUGGUAAUGAGAGAACAUUGUUGGUUUUUCUUAGAGGUAGGUAAUAAGCAUUAUGGAUUCUUAUGAGCAAUUUUUGUUAGAAUUGAGAACAUCUAAUUGCUUUACUGUAAAUGUUUCAUACUAUAAAUUUCUUGUGACCAAAGCUAGAUCAAUGAAAUGCAGUUCAGAUGA